CUAUUUGAGACUGUUGUAAGACGAUCGACAGACAGAAAGAUAGAUAGGAGGGAGGACGAUUGCGACUGUCUCCCCCUGUCUCACAUGACAGAGAUUAGAAGAGUGAAGAGUGGAAGAGGAAGAGGAGGGAGUAACGGUGUGAAGGAGGAGGAGUGUGGAAAUGUUGCACACAAUGAAAGAAAGAUUCUGGAUUCGAGCACACACGAGCGUCCACUCACUAUCUCUCACAGGUCCUCUUCCUCGCAGAUAUGAAGAAGGUGUCACAGUGGUGCCAGCUGGGCAUCACCAUCCUUGUGCUGGUUCUGAAACUGAUAACCGGUCAGCUGUGCAGGUCCUUCAUCUUGCUGAUGGAUGGCUUCCACACACUCUUUGUCCUCGGUCACAUGGCUCUACCUCAUCCUCAAAAGCCAGCAAGUCCCUCCGGGUCAAGCACUCGGCCGUAUUCAGAGACGACUGAUCCCGUCAGCCCUCUCGGGUGUGCCGUGUUCCACCCUGUCGGCAGGAGACAGCCGGUGGGGGUCUUUAUCUCAGCCCUGCUGCUCACCUCUUUGUGUGUCUCCUGCCUGUUGGAAAUGGUCAGCUCGUCUGUGGAGAUGCAUCCUGUGGAGCGGCCCUGGCUGCUCGUGGCGGUGGGGGUCGUCGGUGUGUUGCACAACGUCGCGGUGUUCGGGAUGACACGGCAACGUCGGGGGGCCCAGGCCUGUGCUGGAGGGGAGCAUGAGUGUUACAUUGAAGUCAACCACAAAGCCAUGUCUCAGGAGGGCUCCGAAGGGGCGGGUGAGGCCGUGCGAGGCCCGUGUGAAGCCGGUGGGGUUCAGCAUGGGACGACUGCGCGCUCUCUCCGUAACGGGGAUCUCAUCUUCUGCAACCGGGUGAUCUCAACAAGAGGCGUGGAUGCUGAGAAGACGGCGGAGGAGCUCAAGACAGUCAAAGAACACCCUCAGGGAAACAGGCAGCCGCUGACUAUGUGUGCCGCUUCUAUGGUGAUGGUGGUGCAGCAUCUGUGCACAUCAGUUCUGGUCUUGGUCAAUGGUUUGGUCAUGCUGCUGGUGGGGCCCGACUACCCACAUUUCCCGGAGGCCUGCAGCCUCCUGGUGUACCUGGAUCCGAGCUUUGCAAUUUUGGCUGCAAUCAUUCUGGUGGCCGGAGCUGUGCCGCAGAUGCACAGGUACGGGCUGCUGUUGAUGCAAGCCACGCCUCCUCACGUGAGCCUAUCGGAUGUGAGAGAGCGGAUCAGGAGCGUGCCUGGGGUGGAGGAGGUGCAUGAGCUCCACAUCUGGGAGUUGUACGACUCGUUCAUGGUGGCCUCGGUCCACAUCCUCUGUCACAAUGCCUUUCCCAUACACAGGUGUGCUGAUCUAAUGUCAGGGGUCACCAAGGUCUUGCAGAGCGUCGGGGUGAGAUGCUGCACAGUGCAACCUGAGUUUGCUCCCCCUUCUGCCCUCCCAAAGGGUCCAACAUGCCCACCUCCGGUGCCAACCUGCAGCUUGGCCUGUGAUAAACUCUGUGACACCCACGUGUGCUGCCCUCUGCCACAAGAGCCUGUCAUGGAAAAAUUGUUAAAACAAGAAAGUCCUGUUUCAUUUUUGUAACAAGACAUGCAUGAAAAGCAAACAUCUGCCCUUUGUAAUGUAAGAACGAAAAACCUCUCACUUGAAUUGUGCGUGUGAUAAAACUGUCUGAU